AUGGAAUUAGCAAGUGUGAAAGAGCUGACAGCCUACUAUAAGCAUUAUGUGAAACAAGAGGGUUUUGGUGUACGGAUACAGAGGACUAGGAGAGAUGAUGAUGGGAGGCCAGUUUAUGUGACUGUUGGUUGUGCCCGUGGCGGAAAGUACCAACCUAAGAACAGUAAUAUGUCAAAGCCACGGCCAACAACUAGAAUAGAUUGUAAGGCCAGAGUAAAUGCGACGUUGAGUAAGACUGACAAGUGGGUUUUCACCACUGUAGAAAAUAUACACAACCACAUAAAUGUAAGCCCCAAGAAGACUAGGCUAUUGCGAUCUCACAAGGGCUUUUUGAGAAUCUUCAGUUUCAAGAAAAAGAUUGUCGGAAUUAUAUUGAUAAGACAAGACAUUUAA